AUGCAGCAAAUUCUGGAAUUGGACACAUUGCAAAUUGGUCGAAUCAUCCACAACGGCGGGCUUGUUGCUCCGGAUUUCGACCCCAGUUCCUAUACAGUCCCACCACUGAAGGUCUUCGAGUGUCUACGUAUGCCUGAACACGUAACGUCAUCGCAUAUCCGCAAACAAUGCGAAGAAUGGGUAUUAUCACGCAAGGAUCAACCCGUAAUGAGCUUCAAGGCGCUGAUGCCAGCUGACAAGAAACGAGCUCCGGUAUUGGUCGAUAAGAGCUUCCAUCGAAAGAACAAAGAGCCGCUAGUCAUCAGCAAAUUCUUGCGACGCCAGCUAAAGGCUCGCUGCGAAUCAAAAAGAGAUGAGCAAAAAUCCCCUUCCAAAGCGUUUGACGGUUCCUGGAAUGAGCCGGAUCCC